GGUAAAGGGUGGACUUUUGUUGUCUGCUGGAGCUGGAGACAGACAGCUGAGAGUGAAACAGCCGUGUGUGUGUGUGUGUGUGUGUUUAGUGCUUGAAAUUCAGACGCGCUGCGCGGCGUCUCGUCCCGAAACCCAAGACGACAACCAAGAAGAGUCACUUGGAUUACUGUCAGCAGGUCCAAAGCCCGAACACAUUUGUUUUUCCCCCCCAAGAAAGCUGUUAGGGCACAGGCAAAAACAUCGCAUUUUCACCUUUUAAAAGCAGCAGUCUUCUCGGAAGGGGCCGCACCUUAAGCUGAACAUCAUCCAGUGAUCAUGCAGGAUUGAGGAUACUGAAUCCUGUUGGUGAACCUGGUCUGAAGAGCUACAUGAUCUUCUGGACGUGAAGUUCCACAAAAGUUGCAGAGCAGACGAGAUCAAGGAAGACUGGAAGACAAGCGAAGAAGUGAACAAAGGAAGGAAGGGGUUGGUUGGACUGGCUGAAGGGGGAAACCGAAGGGCUGGAUGCAAGCUUUUAUUCAUUCUAGAAGUUCCCAGGUUCCUCAGAGAUGGCCUCCAACUUCAAUGACAUUGUCAAGCAGGGCUAUGUCCGCAUGCGGAGCAGGAAACUGGGGAUCUAUCGGCGCUGCUGGCUGGUGUUUAAGAAGUCGUCCAGUAAAGGACCUCGCAGACUGGAAAAAUACCCUGAUGAGAAGUCCGCCUACAUCAGAGCCUGUCCUAAGGUGACAGAGAUUAGUAAUGUGAAGAACAUCACAAGAUUGCCUCGUGACACAAAGCGGCAAGCUGUGGCCAUCGUCUUUACAGAUGACACCUCUCGAACCUUCACCUGUGAAUCAGAGCUGGAGGCUGAAGAGUGGUUCAAGACCUUGUCUAUCGAGUGCCUGGGGAUGCGUCUUAAUGACAUCAGUCUUGGAGAACCAGACCUCCUGGCUGCUGGAGUUCAGUGUGAACACACAGAGCGCUUUAACGUGUUCCUGUUGCCCUGCCCUAAUCUUGACAUCUACGGGGAGUGUAUGAUGCAGAUCACGCAUGAAAACAUUUACCUGUGGGACAUUCACAACCCACGUACCAAACUAGUAACCUGGCCGCUUUGCUCGCUUAGACGCUAUGGAAGGGAUGCUACACGCUUCACCUUCGAGGCUGGCAGGUAA